AUGCGUCUCUUCCUCCAGUCGGCCCUGCGAGCCACGUCGCCCGCGCUCCGUGCCACGCGCUCGUUCGCCACGAACGCGUCCACGCUGAGCUCGCAGGUGUUCAAGGAGCACCUGCGCACGGUGCAGAUGGCCGAGACGACUGAGACAGUGCUCCCCGGCGGCCGCGACAAGCUCUCGCUUUUGCCCAAAGCGUUCGCAGGCAUUAAACAGAUUGGGGUCAUCGGGUGGGGCUCACAGGGUCCCGCCCAGGCGCAGAACCUGAGCGAGUCGCUCGAGGGCACGGACAUUACGGUCAAAGUGGGUCUGCGCGCGGGCUCGUCGUCCAUUGCGAGCGCCAAUGCCGCGGGCUUUAGCGAGCAGAAGGGCACACUGGGCGAGAUGUUUGCCGUCAUCCAGGAGUCGGACCUCGUGGUGCUGCUCAUUAGCGACUCGGCAUGCGUGAACCUCUACCCCCAAAUCUUUCCGCUCAUUAAACCAGGCGCGACGCUCGGCCUGUCGCACGGGUUUUUGCUGGGGCACCUCGAGUCUGUGAACGAGUCGUUCCCCAAGGACAUCAACGUGGUCAUGAUGGCGCCAAAGGGCAUGGGCCCCAGUGUCCGCCGUCUCUACGUGCAGGGCAAGACGGUGAACGGAGCUGGCAUCAACGCCAGUGUCGCGAUCCACCAGGACGUGACGAACACGGCGUCGGAAAUCGCACUGGGCUGGAGCGUCGGCGUGGGUGCGCCCUACACGUUUUACACGACCAUGGCCGACGAGUACAAGUCGGACAUUUUCGGUGAGCGGUGCAUCCUGCUCGGCGGCGUGCACGGCCUCGUCGAGUCGCUCUUCCGUCGCUACAUGCUGAACGGCAUGAGCCCCGAAGACGCGUUCAAGCACACUGCCGAGUGCAUCACUGGUCCACUGAACGAGAAGAUCUCGCACGAUGGCAUCAAGUCUGUGUACGAGAGCUUCAAGGGCGAAGACCGGGUCGUGUUUGAGAAGGCGUACACGGCCGCUUACACCCCGUGUCGCGACAUUAUUGAAGAGGUGUACGACGACGUGGCCUGUGGCAAUGAGAUCCGAAGCGUGAACAACGCUGUAGCGCGCCACGACCGUUUCCCGUUCGGCAAGAUCGACCAGACGUACACGUGGAAGGUCGGUGAGAAGGUGCGCGCUGCCCGCGACGGUACCUUUGUGAUGAACCCGUUCACGGCCGGCACGUACGUGGCCAUGAUGAUGGCCCAGAUCGAUGUGUUGAUCAGCCACGGCCACUGCUACUCGGAGGUCGCCAAUGAGUCGGUGAUUGAGUCGGUGGACUCUUUGAACCCGUACAUGCACGCCCGCGGCGUCGCCUAUAUGGUGGACAACUGCUCUACGACGGCGCGUCUCGGCUCUCGCAAGUGGGCGCCUCGUUUCGACUACAUUCUGACGGAGCAAGCGUACGUUGCGGUGGACGACAACGAGAUCAAGGACGAAGCCACGAUCAUGAGCGAGUUUAAGAACCACAAGAUCCACGAGGUGCUGGAAGUGUGCGCGUCGAUGCGCCCGAGCGUGGACAUUGCCGUUGAGUAA